CACGCCCAAAAUCAUGUCGUUGACCAAUCCUGCAGAUGAUCGCAUCGUCAGAUUGCUCGCAGAGGCAGACGAUUAUCGUAAGGCAGGCAAUGUCGAGUCUGCAUACAAGGCUCUCAAAGCUGCGGCGGACCUGGAUCCAACGAACAAGCUUGUGGCAGCAGCGUCAACGGAUCUUCGAGCACAAGACAAAGGCGACAACGCUUUCGUCACACUACUUAUCCAGUAUCAAAACGAUGCAGAUGAAGGCACCGGGAAGAGCGCAUUGCAAGCUCUUCGUACGAGCUCAGUCAGAGCGGCGGAUGCGUUGCGUGCUCUCGAUCUCUUGUUGAAUGAAAGCCCCCCGAAAUUAUCGUCGGACGUGCUGCUUGGCACACUACUCAACGUGAGCCUGGAUGCUCGUAAAGAAGUAGUGUCGCGGCUGAAGCCCGAAGUGACCAUGUUGUUCGAAAAAUUCUACACCAUGGGGAGACAAAGCUUCCGAGUCUUCACAGGGCUUCCCAUUGACGAAUCUGUGUGGAGCUCGAGGGACGAUCAGGCUAAGUCGCAGCGAGACACCUUUCAAAUGUGCACCGCAAAGCUGUUGGGCAUAAAUGUCCAAGAUUCUGAGCGUGCCUUGGAAGCCAUGACUCGGCUGCUGACCUUGGCUUCAAAAAAUGUCAGUAGCCUAAUCGACGCCGAUGUUUUUGAAGUCGUCCUUGCCCGUCUCGACAUACGAAAUGAAGCAUCGUUGAGGAGUCAGGCCAUGCUGGCGAUUGCGAAGAUGUUUGAAUUGACUGUGGAGAAAGGAGAGGUGCUCUUUGCCAACUUCAUCACGUCUGCAGUGGCAAAACAGACGAGCGAGGACCUCGUGAUAGCGUUUUCGGCCGCUUCGGCCAUCUUCCCGAUCGUCGCCCCCAUUGCGACCAAACUCUUUUUAACAGAAGGAUUUGUGCAACAACUUGUGACUAUUCUCGAGCGAAAUUCGCAAGCUACAAAGCAAGGUCAUCGCGAGAGUGUGACUCUCGAGCGGGCCGCCUUGGAACUAUUGUCGGCCGCCUGUGUGGAAAAGUCAUGUCGAGAGGCGAUUCACACGCAUUGCCUGACAUGGUUGCAGAGUCUGGUGAACGAGCGCGAUUCAACCCACAAGGCCUUAGUCACAUUGAUACUCGCCAAGAUUGACAGUACGUCUCAGGAAGAGAUCGCCUCGAAGCUUUCAGGCUUAGUGCUCAACAGCAAUCAGGACAGAGACCAAGCGGUCGAAGGUCUCGCGUACACAACACUACAGCCCAAGGUCAAGGAACACGUCGGCUCUGAUGAGACUCUGCUCAAAUCCCUGGUCAGUGGACUCUCGGAACGGCCAGGAUCCGCCUUCGGCUACCUCACUGUGUUCCAUAAUAUUACAACUUAUAGACCUUCUCGAUCAGAAGAGCAAAAACGAAUAGCACAACUAAAAGCAUAUGCCAAUUCAGCAAAGCCAACUCCGGAUGAUCCAUUAGAUGAUGAUGCUCAUGUCACAGCUCGGGUAAAGCGACUCAUGAAUGCUGGUCUUGUGCCGGUGUUGGUGUCCUUGAGUAAACAGACAAACUCCACGACCAAUAUCGCUCUCAUCGUUGGAAUUUUGUUGUCGUCAUCGAAGGAGCAAAAGCACCGAUCAAUACUAGUCCAGCAGGGAGCUGUACGAGCCCUCUUCCUAGUGCGAGAUCGACUCGCGCACAUCGAGAAAUCGGAAGCUGAAAAGUUGGUGUCGCGCCAAAUGGCUCACGCGCUCGCAAGGCUUUUGAUAUCCGUGAAUCCUGAGCAUGUUUUCUCGAGCGGCCUCUCCUCCACAUCUGCCGUCAGUGCCAUCAUCCCAUUACUUUCCGAGAAUCAAGAAGGUGAGGAACGCGACCUCCUGCCGACAUUCGAAGCGCUCCUUGCUUUAACAAACCUUGCGUCUAUGGACGAUAGCUCCGCCCGAGAGCUUCAGAUUCGAACGGCCUUCGACAAGGUCGAGGACUUACUCUUUUCGCCGAAUGUGCUUAUACAGCGCGCGACUGUUGAACUAGUCUGCAAUUUGAUGAUCUCGCCAAGCGGCGUUGCCAAGUUCGCUGACGGCUCAAAAGACGCAAAACGUCGCAUGCAGAUCUUGCUGGCACUCGCAGAUGUCGACGAUGUUGCUACGAGACGUGCCGCUGGAGGAGCCCUUGCCAUGUUGACAGAGUGGGAUGCUGCUACAUCAGCAGUCCUGGACAAAGAGAGGGGUCUUCAGGUAAUAUUGACCAUGUGUGGAGAUGAAAGCGAUGAACUCAAGCACCGAGGACUGGUUUGUCUUUCCAACAUACUCGCGAUGAACGGGGACUUGGGGUCUAAAGCCAUAUCAAUGGUCAAAGCCAAGCAAGGGAACGAGGUCAUCAAGGAAGCACUGAGAAAAACGCGAAAUGCAGAUGUUCUGUCCAUAGGCGUGGAAGUGCUCAAGAAGCUAUCAUGA